AUGGGAACGUGGACAAACAAGAUUGUCACCAAUGUCUACGUCAUUGGUGGGUUUGCUGCUAUUGCAGGCAUCAUGUUUGGCUUUGACAUUGGCAGCAACUCGGGUGUUAUAGGCACUUGGCAGUACCAAGAGUUCUUUAAUCGUCCCGAUGCUUUAUUACAAGGUGGCAUCAAUGGUGCUUUGAGCGCUGGUUGUUUUGUUGGUGCUCUUUGUGCGGGUUUCCCAGCGGAUCGAUUCUCUCGCAAGUAUACUCUUAUUGGAGCAUCAGCAUUGUUUAUUGUCGGCUCAAUCUUACAAGCUGCGGCUAAUGGUGUUCCCAUGCUCUGCUGUGGUCGUGUGUUGAAUGGUCUUUCGGUGGGUAUCACGUCCAUGGUGGUGCCUUUGUAUCAAUCGGAAAUUGCACCCAAGGAAAUUCGAGGUCGUAUUGUUGCUGUCCAGCAAUGGAGUAUCACAUGGGGCAUCAUGAUAUCGUUUUGGAUUCAAUAUGGAUGUCAAUUUAUUAAUUCAACAGCUGCAUGGAGAAUCCCGUGGGCAAUACAAGGAGUGCCUGCUGUAGUCCUUGUAGCUGGCAUGUGGGCAUUCCCAUUUUCACCCCGUUGGCUGGCAGAUCAUAAUCGUAUGGAUGAAGCUAUUCGUGUACUUGCAGAUAUCCAUGGUAACGGUGAUCCAAAUCACCCACGUGUUCAAUUGGAAAUCAGAGAAAUUGAAGCUACCAUCAAGUUUGAUCGUGAACAAGCUUCCCACCGUUAUUCAGAUCUUCUCAAACCUGGCAUGGCAUAUCGUGUUUCUCUUGGUAUUUGCCUACAAAUAUGGCAACAACUCACUGGUAUGAAUAUCAUUAUGUUCUAUGUCGUGUUCAUGUUUGAGCAAGCUGGUAUUGGUGACUCCCAAGAAGCUACGCUACUUGCAUCGGGCAUCAACUACGUUGUUAACGUCGUCAUGACCAUCCCCGCUAUUCUCUAUGUGGACAAAUGGGGUCGUCGUUAUACCAUGAUUUUCGGAGCACUUGGAAUGUCGCUUUUCCUUUGGGUAGUAGGUGGUUUGCUUAGCCGAGGCCACUAUGUGAUCAAUCCCACGACCGGUCGAUACCAAGUACAAGAUUUGGGCACCCCAACUGCCAAUGGAAUUGUUGCCUGUGUAUACCUUUUUGUCGCAUGCUUUGCCACAACAUGGGGUCCUUUAGGUUGGAUUUAUCCCGCUGAAAUCUAUCCUCUGCGCGUACGUGCAGUAGCUGUUUCCAUGUCAACAGCUGCCAAUUGGUUGUUUAAUUGGGUCCUGAACUUUGUUGUGCCUUUGCUCAUGGAAGAGAUCCGCUAUGGCUUGUACAUGCUGUUUGCAGGCUUCAACUUUUUGAUGGCAUUGCAUGUAUUUAUAGCAUACCCCGAGACAAAGGGUUAUACGUUGGAAGAAAUGGAUAUUGUAUUUCAGCACAAUCCACGUAGGCGUAUUCCCAGGGAAGUCAUUGAUCGGGAAAUGGCUGAAAAGUACCAUACCGACCAAUUUGCCGGUGCUGAUAAUAGCCACGAACCCAAGACCGAAGAAGUAUAA